AUGUCUUAUGCUCCACGUGUAGUAAUGGCAUUAGCGGAGCUGGCUCGUAGUCGUAAAUGCAUUGAGGAGCUCCGCACUGAAAAUGCAUCAUUAAAACGAAAACUGUACGAUGUUGAGCGUUUGGAAGGAAAUGAAAGAAUUGAAAUGCUUGUGGAGCAGCGGAAAGAGCGAAAUGCAUCAUCUCAAUCAUAUUGGCUCAAGAAUAUAUCACAUCUAGAAAGUGCUGCUUUGAACCUGCGAAAGUCAUUUGAAGAGUUUGGGGUGCAUAUAAAUGGUACUUCCAACCAGGCAAAAGAAAAUAUUGCCCGCACCAAACGCAGCUCUUUAUUUACCGACGGCCAGCCACGUCUAAAUGGUGUAGUUGAGUUUCCACCCCUGGUCAAAGAACCUUUUGUACAGAAAGACGAAAAUUCUCUACCGCAAGAGAGCGAAACUCCACGUGCAAAGUCUGCUCGGAGAAAGCCUCGCCGAAGUGAAUUGUUUCAAACAUAUCGUCCAGAAGAGAUCACUGAAACGCCCAGAAUUUCUAUUGAUUCAACUGAGGCGCUCUUUUGA